UAAGAAUUUCUCAUGAAUUGCUGCAAGCAAGCAUGACUUUGACUACUCCAAAGAUAUAGUUGCUAAUUAAUGGAAAAACUAUGUAUCAUAUCUAAAAAUCUUGCAACAAAUUUGAUACUAUGUUGAACUCAAGGGUGGUGGUGUUGUAUGCAGCAACAAUAAUAGUAAUUAUAGGCCAUGGAAGCAAAGCUAAAGCAUGUUUGGAAGUAGAGAGAGAAGCACUGUUAAAAUACAAGGCUUUUCUGAAGAGUCCGGCUUCUCUGUCUUCAUGGAUCAACGACUCAAACAGUGAUUGCUGUGGGUGGGAGCGUGUCACGUGCGAUCCUGAUUCCGGUCACGUGACCCAUCUCUCCCUUCAGUUCUUGAACGGGGUUUAUCCUCACCCGGAUGACUUUGAUCCGUACAACCACCAGUGCCUCAACUUCUUGACGCUGGAUUUUUCCUUCUUCGUACCCUUCAAGAACUUAACCGCCAUUGAUUUCUCCUUUAACUGUUUCAAUAACUCCAUUUUCACUCAAGAUCACGGAGGCAUGUCAACGUUGAAGACGUUAGAAGCAAUAGAUCUUAGUUACUGUUCCUUUAACAUCAGUGUCAUAGAUACGUUGACUUCUUUCACUUCUUUGAAGACUUUGCUGCUUCGUAAUAACUUCUUAGAUGGACCCUUUCCAGUUCGAGAGUUGUUAGCUUUACGAAACUUGGAGCAUUUGGAUUUAAGCAGUAAUCGACUUCAAAGCCCCUCAGAAAUUGACGAUUUCAAGAGGAUGUCAGAAUUGAAGAAAUUAGAAACAUUAGAUCUGAGUCAGAAUUACUUAACGAUAAACGUUACUAGCAUAUUCAGAAGCUUGAGUCCCCUCAAAUUCCUCAAGAACCUGCUUCUUAGUGAAUACAGCACGGGCACACUUGGACCCCUAGCUAUUCAUGAGUUGUCAGUUUUACAAAAUCUGGAAACACUGGAUUUGAGUGAAACUUCACUUACAAUCACAUCAAGCUCCUCGACAACUCUAGAGUAUUCCAAGACUUUGUCGAGGUUAAUGUUAGAAACCCUUGAUUUAAGUGGUACUCAUAUUGUAAAUGCCAACACAACAUUUAAAUUUUUGUCGCACCUACCAAAUCUUAGGUCUCUCAUCCUGCAUGAGACUGGGAUCUUGUUUGGAGAACAAGAUGAUGAAGUUUUUGCUGACUUACCCAACUUGGAAGUACUUAUCCUAAGGUCUGUUUCCGGAACCACAAUACCAAUCCAAGGUUUAUGCAAAAUGAAGAAUCUUCAAGAGCUAGAUGUGAGUGAUAAUCAUCUUACUGGAUCUCUCUCUUCAUUCUCCUGCCUAAAAAACUUGACAUCACUUAGAGCUCUUGAUCUCUCGAGGAAUUUUUUAAGUGGAAACAUAUCACUAUCCUUUCUUGCUCAAAAUAAUGCACCUCUUGAGUACCUAUCCCUGGCAGACAACAAUUUUGAGGGAACAUUCCCAUUAAGCACAGUGGCUAAUUAUUCAGAGCUCAAAGUAUUAAGACUUGGAAGACAGCAGAACAAGAAUUUUCAAGUGGAAACUGAGAAUCCUCCAUGGAUUCCAUCAUUUCAAUUGCAGUAUCUAGACAUGUCCAGUUGUCAACUGAACUCUGCCACAGGAGCAAUUCCUACCUUCCUUUCUAACCAAAGUAGCUUGAUAUUCAUUGAUCUAUCAAACAAUAAUCUUCUUGGUAGGUUUCCCAAUUGGUUAUUGAUGAACAAUCCAAAGUUGGAAGCUUUACUCCUCAACAAUAACUUGUUCAAUGGUUAUUUUGAAGAUCAAAAAAUGAAUAUUCAUCUCUACACAUUGGAUGUAUCGAACAAUAUGAUCCAAGGUAAACUACCAACAUCCUUGGGAUUCUCUUUUCCAUACCUUGAAUAUCUUAAUGCUUCUUUUAAUGUCCUCGACGGCGAUAUUCCGGCUUCAGUUGGAGAGAUGUCAACCUUGAGAACUCUGGAUUUGGCAUACAAUAAUUUAUCUGGGGAGUUACCAAAUGAAAUGUUUAAGGGAUGCAUCUCAUUGCAAAUUUUGAGCUUAUCACAUAACAAGUUCCAAGGUCAAAUACUUGCUGCACCUUUGAGCAUGACAUUCUUAAGUGUGCUGAUGCUGGACAAUAACAACUUCCAUGGAAAACUACAAGACGGACUCCGGAAUAUGCAGCAUUUGGGUCUGCUUGAUCUCUCUAACAAUGAUUUAUCAGGUGAGCUUCCAGGUUGGGUGAUUGGAAAUUUGAAUCUUGUAUUCUUGAGUGUGUCAGGGAAUAACUUUGAAGGUGCGAUUCCAAGAGAAUUAUGUGAACUUGAAUUAAUCACAUUUGUAAGCCUAUCUCAUAACAGAUUUUCUGGUUCAUUGCCUUCUUGUUUGGGCAACUCAUCAUCAUGGUUGAAGUUCAUUCACUUAAGGAACAAUAGUCUUGCCGGUACCAUUCCCGAAUCAAUACUAAACAACUCUGAAUUAUAUUCUCUUGAUUUGGGAGACAACAACAUUUCAGGAAGUGUUCCCAAUAGUGUCAAUGGGCUCACAAAUUUGAAGUACCUUUCAUUGGCUGGGAAUAGAUUGCAAGGUCAACUUCCCAAGCAGAUUUGUGAGUUAAAACAACUCAAUUUCUUGGAUCUUUCUCGCAAUAACUUCUCUGGGACUAUACCCACAUGCUUCAACAAUAUCUCCUUUGGUAACCAAGGGAAUUAUUAUGAUUUUUUAGCAAACUACUUCAGAUCUUCUUACUUUGGAUUUAUAUACAGUCAACUGUUCUACAUCAACUUUCAGUACCAUAACUUCGAUGUUGAAAUGCAUGACAAAGUUGCCUCUUAUUUUGCCCCAGAAGAAAUGAGAAUUACUACAAAAGGUUCAAGUCUAUCAUACAAAGGCAAUAUUCUCAAUAAUAUGUCAGGUUUGGAUUUGUCUUGUAAUCAGUUAGAGGGAAAGAUUUCACAAACCAUAGGAGAUUUGGUUGCACUUCAUGCCCUUAACUUAUCACACAACCAUUUAGUUGGGUCAAUUCCAGAUAGCUUCCAAAAGUUAAAGAUGAUUGAAAGCUUGGACUUAUCUUUUAAUAGAUUGAGUGGACAAAUCCCUCUUCAACUGCAAGGCUUGAACUCUCUGGCUGUUUUCAAUGUGUCUUACAACAAUUUUUCUGGCAUAGCACCUGAUGAAGGACAAUUUGCAACUUUUGGUGAGAGCAGCUACAUAGGAAAUCCAUAUCUCUCUUGGAGUAUCAGUAAUAGAGGCACUACAAUGGCACCAUUACCAGCACUUGCUACCUUCAAUAAUGGAGAGGACAAUUCUGUCAUUGAUUUCACUUCAUUUUGUUGGACUUUUGCAGCAUCCUAUGUGAUGGUAGUCUUGGUGUUCAUUGCAAUUCUUUGGAUCAAUCCUUAUUGGAGGAGAAAAUGGUUUUAUUUUAUUGAGGAUUGCCUCUAUAAAUGUUUUGGUGGAGUCCUUAAAGAUGUGUUCUAUUAGGCAUCUAGCAAGUGUUGAAUAAGUUGUGUUCAAGAAUAUUUGAUAGUGUUACAAAUUGAAGGUUGUAUUCAUAUCAUGUGUUAUCAUAUACGACAACUCUCUUGCUUUAGAUUUCCAUGCAAUCUUUGUUCAUUAGAUUUUUAAUUGACUUCCUUCAAUUA